UUUGUAAAUACAUGUAGCUUUCAUGUCAUUGUGUCUCUGGUUAAUAUCAAUUUCAUUUUGGUGUCAUGGUGUAUUUUGCGGUAGAUGCGCGCGCAUAACACACCCUGAACACAACUGACAGCUAUAACCCAUCUACUUAUUUCUGUUCAGGAAAAAGUACGAAAUAAAAUUGGGCUAUUCUCGUCGAAUACCUUAAAAACAACUGACUGUGAUAACCCAGUCUGUCUCUUGCUGUUCACGACAGUCUUUAGCUGGCUCUGUACAUCACAGGAUGUCAGGAAAAAGUACGAAACAAAGAGUAGCCGUGAUAGGUGCCGGAGUAGCAGGACUCUGUAGUCUUAAGCACUUGGCUGAACAUCCCGACAUCUUUGAACCGGUGGCGUUCGAAAAGAAUUUCUGGCCGGGAGGGAUAUGGAACUACAGUGACCAAACGGGGAAGAAUGAUUUCGGAUUACCAGUACAUUCUGCGUUAUACAACAGUCUCAAAAUAAAUGUUCCCAAGGAACUGCAGGAGUUCCCGAGUUUUCCGUAUCCCAAGGAAUGGAAGACGUCCUACAUCAGCCGACAGCAAUGUCUGGAGUACAUCAAUAGGUUCACGGAUCACUUCAAGCUCAGGCAGUACAUCCGGACGCAUAUCUAUGUUCGUAGUGUGCAGCCACUGAAGGAGUUCCGGGAAAACGGUCACGUGAAAUGGAUAGUGACGUACUCUCCUUUAAAUCGUCUUUCAGAAGUCAACUCGGAGGUGUUUGAUUCCGUGCUUGUGUGUAAUGGACAUGAUUCCAACGACUAUACGCCAAAUAUUCCUGGAAUGGAAAUAUUUGAAGGAAGAAUGAUUCACAGCAAGGACUUCCGGUACGAGGAACAAUUUGACGGACUUCGUGUGGCUGUCCUUGGUGUCCACUAUUCCGGAGAGGACAUUUCUAUGCACGUGUCACGUUUUGCUAAGAAGGUGUAUGCAUGUCACAGGAGAAAGCCGGAGGAAUUCCCACCAUCUUACCCCAAAGAGAUAGAACAAAGACCCCCAUUCGUGCGCAUGACAAAAGAUUCAGUGGUCUUCCCUGAUGGUAGUUCCGAGAAGGUCGACGCCGUCAUAUUCUGUACCGGAUAUCGAUUCGCAUUUCCGUUUCUGAAAGAUGACGUCAUCACAAUCAAGGACGAACGAAUCGAGCCCAUAUACAAACAUAUGGUCCACAUCGAGUAUCCAAAUUUGAUAUUUAUCGGAAUCCCUCGGCAGUGGUCCUACUUUCCUCACUAUCACGAAAUGGCAAAGCUUGCCGUUCUGAUGUUGGAAGGGAAGGUGAAACUACCGUCAAAAGAAGCAAUGCUGGCAGAUAGCGAAGCUGACUUUCAGUCUCGUCUGAAGGAAGGAAAACCACCAUCUUUUGCACAUUAUAUGGGGGAUAUUGAUCGGCAGUUCCGGUAUAACGAGGAACUUGCUAAAUUAGGUGGUUUUGAUCCGCUCCCGCCUGUUAUUGAAAUGCUGUGGGAUGAUGUUAUGGAUGAGAGAUACAUGAAUUUACCACACUGCAACGAAUUUGAUUACGUCAUCACCGGACCGAAAUCUUACCGAUGCCUAAAUCCGGAAAAGGUGAAGACAAGAGUAUCAAAAGCGGAGAAUGCAUUGAAAAAUUAACUGCAUGGAAUUCUUGCUUACCGAGCAACUGCUUCUGGGGAUUUCCUAUGAAAAGAUUCGGAAAGAACGAUCUGGAUAAAGACAGAGACUUCAGCACAUAAUAUAUUAGGAAUCAAUGUUGUGUAGCUAAAAUGUACUGCACGAAAAUAUUCCUUGUCUCCUGGUUUGUAUAUUAUACUUAUUCCUUUGUCUCUCAUCCGUCUACAUGUAAUAUUAAUUCUGACACUGCAACAUAUUAGUUUAGUGUUUACAAGUUUAGGUUUUUGGCCCUUUAUUUAAUGCAUUUUUUGCUGUCGUGUGAAAUAUCAAUUAUGCAUUAAACUUUGACUUAAAAAUAGAACUGUGCAUAUACUUCCUUUUAAAACUUUUGUCCAAUUGGGACAAGUAAAGUAAGAUUCCUGCAACUGCAUCUAAAUAGACCAAUGGUAAACGGAUUUUUUCAAUGUCAAGCAAGUCAAAUUUUGUACAGAAUGGUAUACAAUAUUCAGAUAUAUCAACUAACUAUAGCACUCUAGAUAUCCAAGAUGUCUUCUUGGUAUAAAUGUCAGAUAUUGUAUCUUCAUGAUUUAUUUAAAACGUUUAACCUCGCCAAUAGAUGUUUAUUUGGUAAGCGCUUAAUAUCCAAAUUGGUAUAUUGACAAUUUUAGUUAUCUAUAUUAAACAUGUACAAAAAGUG